AUGGUUGUAAAACAUUACAAAAUAUUUACCUUUGGCAUAUACCUCUUGCAAGCAAUUACUCACGUUAGAAGUGAUAAUGGAAGAAUUAAUGGAAACAUAACAUUUUCACAAAAUGAUGGAGGUACGGUUACUAUAUGGGGAAAAGUUAUUGGACUUCCACCUGGAAGACACGGUUUUCACAUACAUGAAACCGGUGAUAUAACUUCAAAUUGUGCUUCGACUGGAGCUCAUUACAAUCCAUUCAAGAAAAAUCAUGGAGCUUUAGUUGAUCCAGAAAGGCAUGUUGGAGAUUUGGGUAACAUAAUAGCAUCCCCUGAUGGUGUUGCACUCAUUUCAAUAACUGAUAAUAUCAUUUCCCUUACUGGUCCUUAUACAAUUUUGGGAAGAUCUGUUGUUGUACAUGCAGAUCCUGAUGAUUUUGGAAAAGGAACAUUUUCUGACAGUUUAAAAACAGGUCAUUCAGGUCCGAGAAUAGCCUGCGGAGUAAUUGGACUUUUGUAA